AUGCCCGAAGAGACGGUGACCCGUGACUUCCAGGAGGUGGACCGUGGCCAGCUUUCCAGAGAGGAACGCCUUGCUCACUCGCCCCUCCCCUUCCUGCUCAGUCUUCGACUCCCAAAGGUGACAACCUCGGGCGUCUUGUUGGAACUCGCCUCUCGCCAGCAGCAGGUGAAGCAGCCCUGUCAGCCACCGCCUGUCCAAUGUCAAGAGACUUGUGCACCCCAAACCAAGGAGCCAUGCGCUCCCCAGGCUAAGAAGCAAUGCCCACCCAAGGGCACAGCCAUCCCUGCCCAGCAGAAGUGCCCCCCGGCCCAACAAGCCUCCAAGAGCCAACAGAAGUAA